GUAUUAAACUCUGUGGAUGAUGAUGUUUUUCGUUUUGAUAGAUACUGCCACUGCAUCAUCUGAUGGUGCUGCGCACGUUCGCGGGGUACCAAACGUGGCAGUAUGAGGACGCGUUCCGUACUGGGAUCACACGGGGGGUGGCUCCCGAUCCCUUCCAAAUCACCGCGGACUCUUGGAUUCCCGUGCAGACGGCCAAAGGAUUCGCCGGGAUGGUGGACUUGUUUGGCAUGACCGAUUUCAGUCCGGAAGUGGUGGUGCCCUUCGCGUUUCUGCACCCCGUGAUCGGGGCCGCGCAGCGCGGGUUUUUGGAGGUCCCAGAUUUGCUCGCGCGGACGUUGUUCGUAGAAAUGGUGAUGGGCGGCACAGGUAGCGGAACCGUGUGGCCCUUCGAAGUCGUCUUCUCGGAGUGGAUGAGCUACUUUCAAUCUAGUAGCACUUCCGCUGACGUUCAUGUUCCACCGCUGCCGGUCGUGAAGGAGGUGGGCAUCCCCCCAUCUCAGCACUUCACCACUCCCGCGUUGGCCGCGCCGCUCGAGAUUCAUCAAUGCCCUACUACGACUCCGGUGCAGGCGUCUCCCGACGCCUUUCAAGAAUCCACUACUCCGGUUGACCCCGGAAGCAGCAAAGUGAUUGUGUUGCCGUUCGCUCGGGAAUUACGGGGGUUGCUUAAGUCCAGCGAGGCAAGUAGCCAUCUGGAGGACCUGCCGGGAAAGCCCAAAAAUUUUUCACCCACUGCGGUGCGCCACGCGGCACUUUCCGGAAUCUUCGAGCGCGAGGAUUGCCUGGCCGAUGGAUUCUCAAAAACAUCUGUUUUCUAUGAGUUCAGCUCGGAGCCGAUGCGCCGUGUGCAGGCAGAGUUCGCGGAUACGAUGGACGAGAUUACCGACAUGGCUAAGCAACAGGAAGACCCGGGAACCUGCCGUUGCGUGGCGCAUAUGGAGCGCGUCCCGGCCGUCUUCAACCACCGAAAAAGUUUCCGACAAAGUGCGCAGCGUGGCGGGGUAUUGUUUUCUUCAGCAUUCAUGGGUGAACAAGAGAGGACGCCUGUUGUUUCUAGUAGUAGUAGUACAUCGUCACCCGUCCCGGAGUGGUCUUUCAAUCCAACAUCUUGGAGUGGUAGUACAUCGUCACCCGUCCCGGAGUGGUCUUUCAAUCCAGAUCCGCCUGUGGACGUUCAUUCACCGGUUCCAACUGGAGCGGCGAGUGCAAUGGAUAGGAGCGUUCCCCCUGAACUCAGAGUCGCGUCCAGUGAAAACGGUAGGUGGAGCUUUCCCCAGUGGGUCGCGAUGUGGAAGCAAAUCACGAUUCCCACCCUGAAGAAGGUGCAGAAGAAGCUAUGUACUCAGGUUUAUCCCUACGUGAAGCACCAGGUAGAGGUGGAAAAGCGCGAGUCCUCAGGGUGGGCCAGGUUGUUUGAGCGGCUAAACCACAGGACAGUGGCCCUAUGCAAGGCACCGGAGUUUGACUACUUGCAGCGGGACGAUGCGGAACCCGUCCAAGUCGGAGGGCCCCGGCCCGGGGAAGCGCGCACGACAAUUGUCGACUGGCUCUCGAAAGAAGUGAAGAGAAGCAGCUUGGGCUCUUCGGGAGCGGGAGGUGCGACGACGGAAGCGGGGGAAGUAGAUGACUCCGAGGAAUUGGAAUUGGGCGCCGGGGGAACGGGAGAUUUUAUACACAGAGUGAGCAUCUAGUGGCUGUGGCUCUCACCCUAGGUGGAAAACCUAUAGUGAAAAGAAAAUAUUAAUUUUCAUCCAGACUCACCUAAGAUUAGGAUGUAAACUUGCUCGAUUCUGAAACUGAAUCGGAAUGAUGAUAAAACGAAAUUGAUGAAUAUCGCACGAGGAGCACGACUAUCACUAAACCCUCUCGUCGAUGAUUAUUCCCCCGAUACCAGAUCUACUAGCCAGACCCGUCUGGCAACAUCAACGACAACGCCAACAGAUAAUAGAUCUAUUAGGUGAUUGAUGAAGUUGCUUUGUAAUUUAUUGUAUAACUACAUCAUCAACAAAAGCUGUAGUAACCACCAACCAAUACCAAUACGACCAAUGACGCUGGUGAGGAUAUCGAUAUUGACGUUGCUGUCGUUCCUGAUCUACUUUUGACUUCCUUUGAGUCUAAAUAUUUUAUCUAUCCCG